GUCUGUUUCCUCUGGGAUCCUUCAGGAAACACUGCUCAUUGCCUUGGUUCAUUAGGAUGAACCCUCAGGCCAGCGUUCUAAUGAUGUCUGAUGGGGUUGCAUAAAAAGGAGGGUUUGGGACUUACCUGGCGGUGCAGUGGUUCAGACGCUGCACUUCCACUGCCGGGGGCUCAGGUUUGAUCCUUGGUCGGAGAACUAAGAUCCCGCAUGCCGCAGUGCGGCCAAAAAGAAAAAAAAAAUGUUUAUUCUAGGCCCUGUAAGAUUAUUUCCCUCUUCCUCAUUUAAGCCUCAAGGACCAACGAUGUCAGGUAUAAGGCACUGCUUCUCAAGAUACAGUUUUUAGGUAGGCUGGACCUACCCCAGUCCUAAAGUCAUCUCUAAAGCUGCAGCCGGAAAUUGUACAUUUUAAAUAAGCACCUGAGUGAUUCUUCUGCCCGUUGAAAUUUGAGAAGGACUGCCAUCAAUGGAGAGACUGAAAUUUGGGCUGGCUAUGGCCAUGGCUGAAGAGCUAGGCAUGCUGCAUCCCCUCUUCAGACCCACUGGCUCCCUUGGGGCCCAGGAACUGCAUUACCUGGAUUCCACCCUCCCCCUCAACCCCGUAAUGACCCUUGAUGCUGACUGACGUCCAGGGGACAAUUUGCAAAACUAACAGAUUUGUCCAUAAUCCCAGUGAUUCUCAGAACCAGCAAGAAAGAGAAAUGUUCCAAAAGGGAACCCCCAUCUCAGCCAUCUGCCUAGAGCUGAAGGUUGUGGGCCAGGCCUCAAGGAUAUCCCCAUUGGGCUGAAAGGUGUGACAUGGACAAUGAAUGCUGAUUUCCAGACCUAAGUUGGAUUCUGCAAAAUAAGACACAGCAAUGGGAGCCAAGAUGGGGCGCCGAGCUCAACAGGAGUCAGCUCAAGCCGAGAAUCAUCUCACUGGCAAGAAUUCCUCUUCGACUCUGACUGCAGAGGCUCCCCCUCCCAAGCCACCACGCAGGCAAGGAGGCUGGGCAGAUGACUCCAUGAAGGCUUCCAAGUCAGGAAGGAGGGCUUCUGAAGAGAUAGAAGAUCACCGCCUCAGACAGCAGAGCCUGGAUGGAUCAGAUGAGGGAGGAGAUAUUCCUGUUAUUCCGGACCUGGAAGAAGUACAGGAGGAAGACUUUGUUUUGCAGGUGGCAGCCCCUCCCAGCAUCCAGGUCAACCGGGUGAUGACCUACCGUGACCUGGAUAAUGACCUCAUGAAGUACGCAGCCUUUCAGACCUUGGAUGGAGAGAUCGACCUGAAGCUCCUCACCAAAGUCCUGGCGCCAGAACAUGAGGUUCGAGAGGAUGACGUCAGCUGGGACUGGGACCGUCUGUACACUGAGGUGUCCUCAGAGCUCCUCAGCGAGUGGGACGUGCUGCAGACGGACAAGGAGGACCCCGUGGGACAGCAGCCCUCGCACACCUGAGGCCGGGGGUCGCUCUCCCUGCACGCGGUCACCUCUGCUUUGGACUCGAGACACAGGCCAUAAACCUAAAACUAAAGAAGCUUGCAAGCAGCUCAGAAUUUUUAUGUGGACUAUUUUGUAAUAAAAAUACCUAUUUUCAGUAGACCGCA